AUGGAGCACCUUAUGGAAAACAACUUCGUCUUUGCGAGCCAGUUCCUGCAGCAUAGCGUCUGCAUGGCAAUCUGCGUAUUGCUGUACGUGGAUGGCACCAGAUUGAUACGACUUGGGGCCAGCAUUGCCUACGUGGUGCAUGUGAGUGCUGCUCACGGACUCAUCAAGUGGCAAUCCGUUCACAUACGGCUCUACCUUGUCAUCCUCUUUUCAAUCGGGAUAGCAGAGACCCUGGAGACAAGACACAUGCAGCUAUCUGACGUGGCUGUCAUGCAAACCUUGAAUGCCGUCUUUCGACUUUGUAUGGUGGCUUUGCAUGUUGAGCCCCGCAUUCAUACCGUCGGUCAGAUAUCGAUGUCAGUGACCGAUGUCCUGGUGAAGCUGAUGAUUCAUGGGCCCAGCGCAAACAUGAUGGCAUAUGCAUUUGUUGAGUGCUUUGUGGCUUGCGGUUCUGUUCUGCUGAGCAUCUCCCUGGCGUACUACAUGAGGGAGACUUUGGCUGCGCAGUUCAGGUCCGAUGACGCCGAGAAGAUGUUAGCUGGCUUCCGCAGAAUGCUUUGCGGCAUCUGCGAUGGAGAGAUCCUGCUCGAUGGGCAGCUCAGGAUUCAAGGCCCUGGUGCUUGCCUGAAUCAGAUUCUGUCCACCAAUGCAGACUUCCAGAACAAGCCUUUUAUGGAGUUGCUUGUAGACUCCGAGGAGGAAAAGGCCCGCUUCCGUGACUUCAUUUCAACAUCUUCAAAGGCUUGUAUUAAUCCGGACAUGUAUCACGGAAUGCCACCAUGCCUUCGUGCAUCUUUGCAAGGCAAGGCCAGCACACGUGUGGGCCGCGUGGGCGUCGACCUUUUCCACGUCUCUCUGUCAAACCUCUUCGGCUCAGGGGAAGAUUACCACCUACUUGCAAUGAAGCAGGAUACAGAGAUCCAGGUGUUGCCUGACGCACGGGCGGAAGACAUCCCGCAGCAGUUGCUCAAGCGACUGGUGAGGCACAGGUCCCAAGCUCCAUCGUCCGAUUCUGGCACCUCAGGGUGCACUUGGUUACAGACUCCGCAGCUCGCUGAGAUGAUGCUCCUCGUUGAUGCCACAAAGCGCCACCAGGAUGUGUGCCAGGUGCACCUGAAGUACGCGGAGACGUCGGAGGGAGGUUGCAUGCCUACACUGCGGAGGUUUAUCCGUCCCACAGACUGGGAGUCUGUCCGUUCUCGAGUGAGGAGAUAUGCGGAAGAGGCAACUGCCAAUCCAGAGCUUGGAGAGACCUACCUCCGCCAGACGGUGUGGUUCAGGAUGCUGGACGACCCGAGGAGGUACAUGAUUGCUCGGAAAGCCAAGAUCUCUGUCCGCGCGUCACCUCGAGCACAAGGUGGAAGUGCGCAAGGUCAAGGGCUCAAACUGUGGCUCUACCUGUCAGACUUUGGGGCGCCUGAGCAACGUGCUCCUUCUGUUGAGCUCGAGGGCAUCCAGGAGAACUAG